AUGUGGUGUGCAGCUGAUGUUUUGCAAUCUGGUGGUGUUUGUGGAGAAGGCAGUGGUGGUGUUUGUGAUAACUCAACUGAUGUUUGUGGAGAAGGCAGUGGUGGUGUUUGUGAUGAAGGUAAUCCCACUGAUGUUGGUGUAGAAUGCAAUGGCGAUGGUUGCGAUGAUGGUAAUGUGACUGAUGUUGGAGUAGCAGGCAGUGGUGUGGGUUGCGAUGAAGAUUAUUUGGCUGAUGUGGGUGUACAAGGCAGUGUAUGUGUGUUGGAAACUUCUCCUGGGCUGACGAAGUAUUGGCGCCCAGUUUGUGCUGAUAGUGUGAAGCCUAUUGUGGGGCAACAAUUUGUUUCCUUGGAUGGUGCUGUUGUGUUUUAUAAACAAUAUGCUGGGACUGUUGGGUUUGAUUGUAGGCAGCACUCAAUUCGGAAAGAUAGGGAUGGUGUUGCUGUGGAGAAGCACGUAGAAUGUAACCGUCAGGGUUUUAAGCAGAGGGUUUCUAGGGUUGCUAAAACUACUUUGGCGAAGAGACGGAGGGUGACAAAUAGGGUUGGUUGUAAGGCUAAGAUUGUGAUAAAGCGUAAGUCUAAUGGGUUAUAUGUUGUGCAUUAUUUUGAGGAACGUCACACCCAUUCGAUGUGUUCAAUUAUUGCUAGGCAAUUUUUAAAGGUGAAUCGUAGUCUCGAUGCUGGGCACCAAAUGUUUAUUGCUAGUUGUGUUCGGGCAAAUAUUGGGUCUGUUCGGUCAUAUAGGCUGUUUAAAGAGAUUGUUGGUGAGUAUUCCAGUGUCGGGGCUACAGGUGUGGAUUUUAAGAAUUUCAAGCGUGACCUGAUGGCGUACAUUCUAAAUGGUGAUGCUCAAUUAUUCAUAGACACGCUAUUCAAGAGACGUGAGUUGUGUGAGGCAUUUGAUUUUGAAUAUGAUGUUGAUGAAGUUGAUCAGCUUUCAAGGAUUUUUUGGGUGGAUGCAGUAUCUAGGAAGAAUUUUGCGUUGUUUGGUGAUGUUGUUUCUUUUGAUGCUACAUACCGUACUAACAGGUAUAAGUUGGUGUUUGUUCCAUUUACUGGAAUUGAUAACCAUAAGAGAUCCAUCACCUUCGGUGCUGGUUUGCUUACGAGGGAAGAUGUAGAAUCAUAUGUGUGGCUUUUGGAGAAAUUUAAGAAAACUAUGUGUCAUGAUCCUAUAUGUGUUGUUACUAAUCAAGAUCCAGCUCUCAAGGUUGCUGUUGCUCGCGUGUUUGGUACAUCAAAACAUAAAUUUUGCAUGUGGCAUAUAAUGUGUAAGGUUGGUGAGAAGGUUGGACCAAUUCUAUCUAAAGAUGAAGUGUUUAGGAGGAAGUUGAAUGGCAUUGUCUGGAACAAAUCACUGGACUCCAAGUCAUUUGAGGAGGCAUGGAGUUGUAUCAUGGAGGAAUAUGGUUUGGGUGACAAUGGUUGGUUUCGUUACUUGUUCGAGUCUCGUACAUAUUGGGCAUCCCCAUAUUUUCACGACGAGUUUAUGUCAGGACUGGUUAGGACAACGUCUCGAUCAGAGUCUCAAAAUAGUUUUUUCGGUACGUUCUCUAAUGGUCAUUCUAGUUUGGUUGAGUUCUUGGUGCAUUUUGGAAGUGUUGUUGGUGUGCAGCGUCAUGCACAAGCAAAAUUGAAUGCUGAUUGUGAAUCUUGUUUUCCUGUUUUGAAGACACCAUUGGCUUUGGAGAAGCAUGCAAUGGAUGUUUACACCAUUUCUGUAUUUUAUGAUGUUCAAGUAGAGAUUUGUGCAGCUUGUUAUUCAUGUCAAGUGGUGUCUUUGUGUGAUUGUGAUGGCCAUGUGUCAUAUGGGAUAAAAGAUGGUGCCCAACGGGCAUGGUAUGUGGAGCUAGUAUGUGGUGUCUCGGUGGACAAAGGGUGCUUGUUUGAAGCCAAUAUUGAUGAUACAAUUGUUGAUCGAUCUUCUAAAGUGGAGAAUGUUAGGAUUUUUACUAAUCUAUUGUGGUCUGACAUAUAUGCUUGCGUGGGCUUGGCCGAUGGUAAUAUAGAACGUUUGUCACAGCUACGACGUGUUAUUUGUGAGCAAAGGCAAUUAUUUCUCCAAGAGGGGAGUGAGGAUAGCAGUGGGGUGGUGGCUGGUGGCAGCAAACAAAGUGUGAUCAAUUCAUUUUGUGGAGAUGUGUCUCAGGGUUCAACAGUGGAGGUGCGUGAUCCCAUUCAAGCUAAGAACAAGGGUAGCGGUAAGCGGUUGAAGAGUACAAGGGAGAAAGCUGCUAGCAAGUGUGUAAAGCAAUCAAGGAAAUGCCAUACUUGUGAUGAAUAUGGUCAUAAUAGUAGGACAUGCCCUUUAAAUGGUUAG